AAGCUGAUUUAUCGUCUUGGUUAAGCACACGUAACGUUAGCUAGGAUUACCAACUUUAGUUUUCCAUAUCUAGCGUUUAACACAAUAUCCAUUGACACCAAAUAGACUGUCAUAUCAAGGAUGGCAUCGCUCGGGGAACCUGUGCGGUUGGAGAGAGAUAUUAACCGUGCGAUUGAACUGCUGGAUAAGCUCCAGAGGACAGGGGAGGUUCCCCCUCAGAAGCUGCAGGCCCUGCAGAGGGUCCUACAGAGUGAAUUCUGUAAUGCUGUCAGAGAAGUGUAUGAGCAUGUGUAUGAAACGGUGGACAUCAACAGCAGUCCUGAGGUCAGGGCCAAUGCCACAGCCAAGGCUACUGUGGCAGCUUUUGCGGCAAGCGAGGGACACUCGCAUCCUCGUGUCGUGGAAUUGCCCAAGACAGAAGAAGGCCUGGGUUUCAAUAUAAUGGGUGGAAAGGAGCAAAACUCACCUAUUUACAUCUCACGGAUCAUACCAGGAGGCAUCGCUGACCGACACGGGGGCCUGAAGAGAGGCGAUCAGCUGCUCUCCGUUAAUGGGGUGAGUGUGGAAGGUGAGCACCAUGAAAAGGCUGUGGAACUCCUCAAAGCAGCUCAGGGCACAGUGAAGCUGGUAGUAAGGUACACCCCUAAAGUCCUAGAGGAAAUGGAGUCGCGCUUUGAGAAAAUGAGGUCGGCGAAGCGCCGGCAACAGAACAACUAUCCCCAGUAGGAUUUUUCCAUGUUGAUACCGAGCCCCCAUGUCGCUCCUCUUCUAGCCUUCUGGCCAUCUGUUCUGGUCUCUUUCUUAUCCUCCUGCCCAAAAAGCAUAACAAAUAUACCCGAGUUUAGUUUUAGUUUUUACCCACACAUGCUGUAUAUUGUGCUUCUACAGUUUCCUGUAGCAUUUUAAAUCUUCACUACUGUACUGGACACUACAACUCUAGGAGAAUGCUAGCAUAUUCAUGAUUGUCAAUGUAGGUGGUCACUCACACCUUGUGCUUUAUUUUUGAAUUGACAAUUUGAAUGCAACUUUUGAGAUCAACUUCACAACUCCUUUGACUGGAAAGGUAGUGUUUUUAAUUCUUUGAUCACAGCCACUACCAAGUGCCUCAGGGCAAACAUGUUUAUCUUCUGUACUGUGUUCAUAGCUCUCCUUUCUCUCGCUCUCUGUCUUUCUCUCUCUCUCUUUUUCUCUCACUCUCUUUGGUGGUUUAAAGUCAAAAUUAAGAUUGGUUAUUAAAUGCUUGUGGCAGGGAUCACUACACACUUUGCAGCUGUUAUUCUCAAAGAUCAUCUGAUUUGAUGGAUGCAUGUUAAACAUCUGUAAAACGUGAUUGUGCAAACUUUUAAAAAAGAAUAUACAGUUUUAUAUUAAUUGCCACUCUGUAGGCUUUGGAGGAGUUGAUGACAGUUUGACUUAUAAAGAAACAGUUGUAUAUUUUGAUUUUUUUUAAAAGGGAAGGACAUUUCAAAACAAAAGGGAUGGAUCAUCUUUUAGGUUUUUGUUGGGCAGUUUUCUAACAUUAUAAAAAGCUCAGCACACACUGUGGGGUUUGUGAAGUCUAGCAUGUUCUGUAAAUGACGUAAUGGGGGCUCAGCAACGCUGCUACAAUGCUGCUACAGAGACUCCGGUUUUCACUUUCAUCAUGAUCCUUUACAAACAUAAACCCAGCAGUCGGCGUGACAAGAGAUGAAAUCUGUCCAACUACUGAUUCAUUUGUCUUGAUGUAACGCCAGCUGCAAAACUUGAUGAGAAAUCAGUUGCACAACACGUCUUUUCAUCUUUGAUAAUAUCUGCUAGUUAGCAUUCUUUGCGUCAUUUAGUGACAGAAAAAUAAGACGUUCAUUAUAUCAAUUGUUUUCAGUCACAAAAUGCCUAAUGUGAGCGCAGGUGUUGAUCUCACUCAUGCUGUUCGUGGUCACUGCUUAUUCAUCCAGGCUUUACACAGUGUUUAGUGGCUUAUGCUGUAAAUCUAUUACAUUGGCAUAUCAUUUUUAUUUUCUGUGCAUUUUUAACAUUUUGUUACAGUCUUGCAGAACAAAAAGUGCGUGUUAAAUGAAGCAUUAACUAUAUUUGAAUUUUUCUAUCCUGGCACCAUUGACAUCUAUAACAGACUUGAGGUGAAUCAUACAGAUGAAACGGGUGAUGUACUGAAAAAUAUCUUUCUUAUAAUUACCCUUUACUUUUAUUAUAUUAUGGUUAUAUUCCAUUUAAAUACAAGGUAAAGCCCACAGAUUUCAAUAGUUUAGAGCAGGUUUUUCUUCUUUUUUUUUUUUUUUUAAAUAAUUGGCAUUUUUUCCUUUUUAUAAUUUCAAGCAGUCAUCUUUACUCCACUAAAGCCAGCUGUUUAGUGGCACCCAUGUACUCUUUAUUUGAUAUAACAAACUGCACAUCAUGUAAAAAGGAGAGACAUGUUAUCACUGAAUACUGCCACACUGCUAUGUUGGUUCUGAUCUGCGGUUUGAAGCAUCAAAACUGUGUCAAUAACUCCAGCACACAGAAAUGUACAUGUAGGCUUUAUUCCUAUGUCUACAAAUACAACACCUUUUAAGAAAGUUUGACUAGUUUUUAAGUGUUUGGGCAUGUUAAACUGUCAUAAUGAUAUUUCUUACAUCAUGAGAGAGCGGUCCUGAAGUAUUAAUGGCUAAAAGAAGGACAAUUCUGGUCUUUUUUCAUUGAGACGUCCCAAUGCUACCAUUAUGCCUACAUGCAAUAUGUCAAUCAAACAAGUUCACAAGUCACAGUUAUCUGUAAACUACUUUAUUUUCAACAUACAAGGACAAAAGAGUAUGUAGAAACCUUGCUUUGCUUUCCCAGUGAAGAGGAAAAAUAGGUUUCCGCUACAGAAUAUCCAUAUAUACAUUAGAAUAUGUAAACAUGGUUUUAGCUGUGUAAGCCAUACUAUCGUUCAGUCUCAGGAGUGGUACAUCACAUUGUUGAGACAAGACUUAAGUAGUGAUUCAGUAACUGUUGUAGAAAUUCAGUGGACGGUGGACAAAGUAACAGAAACGCACAACAGUGUACGAAAAAGUCCUGAACUGUUUGUCCAGUCAAGUGUGUCAGUCUGAAGGUGUUUAACACACAACUGUCAUUAUUAGAUGAUGCUCCAUAAUUACUAAUAUGAUAGUUGUGCAGUAGGCCACUCAUUACAUGCUGUCCUUGGGCCUCUGUAGCUGAUUUUGUGAUGCAGGUUAUUCUUUAUCUCUGUUGGGGUUUUGGCCAUUUGAUCCACCACUUCUAAGACGCUCCAGCUAAUUCAAGUAUCAGUGCUUUGCUGAAAAAAUGUGAUAUUGUCUGUGUCUAAAUGUUUCCUUACAGAGACACUUUAAGCAUUUGGUCACCACUAAAUGCGUCACUCAAACAUGUUUUGUAAAGUACUGAAUGAAUCACUAGAUACUGGAAAAUAUCAGAUUUAGGAGUUAGGAAAGGAUUGUUUAUUUCACGUUAAGAAAAUGACGAUAAAAAUGAUGAUAAAAUUGCCAUUUUCUGAAUUUAAAAUUGGAGCAAACAAAUCACUCCUUGGCAUGUUGUUCAUAAUAGUCUCUACAUCUGUCCAUGAUCACCUUCUGUGUCAACUCCAAACUUAAUUCUAACAGCAGCUGAAUUAUCUUUGUUCAAGCCAGUGGAAGAUGGUUCGUAUAUUGCUUUAAUAUCGCAUUAAAUAUUGCAAGAAAAUGAUGAUACAUGAUGAUGCUUGAUGCUCCACGUUUAUCCAUGACUUCUUAUGAAAAAUGCUGAAUUUUAGGACAAAACUAUGAUAAUAAAACACACACACGGUACUGCAAAAACUGAAUGCAAAUCGAUGAAUCUAUGCAAAGUCAUUUAAAAAGUUUGGAAAUUUCCUAAUAUGGUGCAAAAUCAUUUUACUGUAGAAUGUCAGUUGAGGCUGUGUGGAGAAAUGUGAAUGUAAUAUGAAAACUUUGGAAAAGUUGCACUUAAACACACAUGGGAGUUACGUAACAUUGCGAGACACAAAAUGUUUGAUAUUUCAACAUUCACAUAUUGAUCACCAUCAGGUAGCUGCAUUGAUAACAGCCUUGCUAUCUAAUUAAUGAUUGUCAGGAUGCAUGUGGAAGAGGCUUAUGUGAGAUGUGGUUAGUAAUAGACCAUUUUAAAGGCUACUCAUUUUUUUCUCUUUUUUUCCUUCUUUAUGAGACAGAAGAUUUAGCAGAAGUGUCCAGAGUGUACAUAAAAGUUGAAAUGUCUUAAUAUAAUGUAUAGAUUGUCCCUUAAUUGUGUUUUAUCUCCAUAUUAGCUAGUUGGAUUCACUGCUCACACACACACACACACACACACACACGUAUUGUUAAUCAGGAAAAAAAUGGAAUGAGACUUGUAAGUGAUAUUGCACACUCUCCACUGAAUGUCACUGACCAUCGUUUGACUUAGUUUGCAGAAUUUUGUGAAGUUCCUGUCAACUUUCUACCCGUUUUUCCUUGUCUAUAUAUUGGAAUGGUCAAUAGAGUAUUUUUUAUAAUAGUUUUCUUUUGAUAUUUUUCUCAAUUUUUAUAAGUGAUUUUCUUAAAAAAGAAAUUACAGGAAUGAUUGGUACUUCCAUUUUGGCUGUGUACCAGGGCCAUAUCAGCAAAGUCUCUCAAAAAAGCAGCACUGACAUAAAAAGGCGACGUAUUGAUCUUAUAUCUGUAUGGACGUCAAGGCUGAGCACAUACAGCAGCCUGGAUCAGCGCUCUUUUCUGACAUCUGAACUGAUUUUUCUUUUCUUUCUAGUACCAAGACCAAACUUUCAACCUCUGUGAAAAUUUUGAUAAUGUUUUGAAAUGUUUUAGUUGGUGCUUGUUUAGGAUUAUUACCUUGUAGAUUGUGUUGUGUUAUUUUUGUGUUUGUUAUCUAAUUUACUGUGUUACAUUGAUGUGGAAUGUAAAAUGUUGUGAUGUAGAACUUAAUAAUUGGACUGGAGGCUAAAUAAACAGUGCAUACAAUAAUGAC